GCGGCGGGAAUAUGCUUCAUUCAGCAUUUUGCACAACGACUGGCCGGUUAUGAAUCAGCUAGCUCGCCAUCGUCGCCAAAACACCACGCUUGCCGAUAUGACAAACUCUCGAGCUUAUGGCAUGGAGGACGGCGUGGAAGAAACGCUCCUGAAUAACUUACCUGUCAUGGCUGUGGCUCCGAUGCCAAUACCCACGACUGUUACAUCUAUGGCUGAAGAUAUCAGCUACACUCCGGGUACUUCUGUCCCAGUGAUGGUUGAUGAGAAGAUGGUGGCAGCGACCCUAGCGGCCAUUGAGACUGGGAGCAUCACCCCCCUCGUAAAAGAGGAGCUGAAAUGUUCCAUCUUAACCCGGCGGUUCGUGGAGGGAAAAGAGGAUAUUAAAGUAGAGUUUACCGUGCCGGAGAAGAAAGUGUUGACGGAGGAGGAGCAAGAACGAGCCGUUGUGCGGAGGGAGCAGAACAGAAUGGCUGCACGGCGGUUCAGAAGGAAGCAGAAAGACACGUCAGAGUUUCUACUCAAGAAAACUCAGAAACUUGAGUCCUCCAACACCAAAAUGCGGUGCGAGCUUCAUCGACUGCAGCAAGAGAGAGAUCGGCUGAAACAACUCCUCACAGAUCACUUAAUGGUCUGUCCUGUUCAAGAACCGUCUCUCAACCUCACUUUACAACCAUGACGUCUACAGUAAAAGGAAAUCGUUUACAGAAAAACCUAAAAAAAUCGGAAACCCCCAAAACCGAAAAAAGACAUUCUUCCUUGAUGGACAGAAGUAUCCAUGCUUGUCACAUGCUGACACGUCAUGACAUCAACGUGUCAUGGUGACCUGGAAGCACGUGCCGGGUCACCGUGACAUAAGGGAAGAUGAAUCUACCGAAACGAAACAGGAAAGCAGCAGGUUCAUCAAGAGACUUCCAUGACUGUAUACACAUAUUCAUGAGAUAUGUAUGUAUCUACAUACCUGUGUCAUUGUAUCAUCAACCAUUCUAUAUUGGACAUUCUGUAUGCGGAAUGAGUCAUGUUAAUGAUAGAGCCCAAGUCAUGGAGAUUUUCUGUUUGACAUGUUUCCUGUCGAUGGUCGAUCUUACAGUGACUUGUCAGGAAACUGAUUUUAUAUAGAUAUCGACAGGCAAACUGUAAAUAUAAAUCAGACUUAGCCAAUGCAUGCAAGAGUGGAAAUCGUAAGGUGAUGCGACAAAGAACAUAUAAUGAUAUGAGCAUGUUCUGUUAGUUCUGCUGGAUUUGUACAAUCAGCUUCAUGUUAAUAUCUUCACUGACCGGUCUCCUGUAAUCAUUCGUUAGUCUAUACAUAAUGAAUAUUCAACGGUGGACUCCUGUCCACCAAGCAUGUUUGUAAUGUGUCCGAGUUUCUGACUGGUUUACGAACGCCUCUGUUCAAUGUCUGAUAACCUCUGGCAAUAAAAUCAGCAAUUUUCACAGAACUCUCAACUUUGAAAUCGCUGUAAUUUUUAUUUUACGAAGAACUUGAUUUGGCGCAGGCGCCUUAUCCUGUUAAAUGAGUCUUUUUCAAUGUGAAAUGUGUUUCGGUGUUUCCUGUUUGUAUCAUAUAGUCAGGCUGAUGUAUGUCGUUCUUUACUUUAUUUCAAAUACUCAGAGAUAUAUCUUCUCGAUUUGUGAUAACGGUUUCUACUAUUUUGUACCGGAAUUUAUACCAACAUUGUCUUCUACAUAUAUCCUCUGUCGCCUUGUAUCCAUGGUAACAUUCUCAUUUUACUCCUUACCUUCAUGUUCUGAUGAAAUAUGUUUAAGUGCAGACUGAAGGUUUGGAGACUUUAAACUGUAUUUAUUUGGAAACUCUGCAGGGAGGUCUCAUGACACUUUAAACGAGUUUGGAAUGUGAGAAAAUCAGAAACUGUUGGCGUUAUGAUCAGGUUAACAGUUGUCGGUUCAUGUGUUCCGAAGAGUCAAGUACAUUCGGAACAUACUAUAGCGUUGCUCUGUUUGAAUUGUGUAGCUUGUAUUUCAUGUGCUGGCCAUGUAGAUUUCAGUGACGCUACAAUUGUCUUUAGACGUUGUUUAGAUUCGGUGCCUGUUACAGUUGUAUUGUUUUGUAACAUAUAUUGAUUUUUUUUAUUUUUACGUCUAUUUUUAUGAAAUAAAAAGUAUUUGUUAUAA